CCAAUUUCCUCUUCUCUCAAAAGCCACAAAGAGAGAAAAAUAGAGAGAUUAGUAAAGGCAAAGGCGAAAGAAAAUGGAACAAAAUACACCAGCGACGGCCAAAAGAGUAUGGAGCAUUGUAAAAACAGUCCUCUUCAUGAUAAGAAGAGGAAUUGUAUCCAAGAGAAAACUCAUGGUUGAUCUCAACAUGAUGCUCAAACGUGGCAAGAUCGCCGGUGCCAAAGCCAUCGACAACCUCAUGUUCCACCACCACCACAACAACAACCGCCAGGUCUCAACAUCUUCCACGGCGGCCAAUGAGUACGAGUUCAGCUGCAGCAACACCCCGAAUUACACCUUCCCUUUCAACCUCGCCGCCAAGAAGAAGAACAGCAUUAACAACUACUAUCAUCAUUUCUUCACCUGCAUCCACGCGCCUCCUACCCCGGACGACGACAUGGCCACCAUGAACGCCGUUAAGGCUGCCUUGGAGAUGCUCAACAAGAACGAUAGCUACAACAACGUGGUCGCCUCUUCUCCUAUGUUGCCAGGGUUCGGACAAACCCCGUUGGCGAGGCAACUCAGAAUAACAGACUCGCCUUUUCCUUUAAGGGACGCGGAUGAAGAAAAUGACUGCGUCGACAAGGCCGCCGAGGAUUUCAUCAACAGGUUUUACAAGGAUUUGAAGCAGCAAAAUAAGUGAAUUAUAAAGGGAGCUCCUUCUGCUAUGUGGUUUAUGAUUAUUUUCCCGAUUAGAUUUUUAUAUAUGGGUGAUUAAAUUUUUGGGAUUUUAUUUAUGUAAUUGAUAUCAACAAAUAAAAGAAAAUUUACGU